AUGCGCCUCCCACGCCUCCUUUCCGCGCUGACCUCCCUCCUCGUGGCCCUCGCGGCGGCGCCCCUCGCCUCGGCCUUCACGAACCCCAUCCGCCGGCCCGGCGGCUCGGACCCCUUCAUCACGUACUCGGGCGACGGGUACUACUACCUCCUGUCGACGACGUGGUCGACGGUGGAGAUCGCGCGGUCGACGACCAUCGAGGGCCUCAAGACAGCGGCGAGGAAGGUUGUCUACUCGUCGUCCAACGCCUCGCGCUGCUGCAACGUCUGGGCCCCCGAGGUGCACUGGCUGGGCAACCGGUGGUACAUUUACUUCACGGCGGGCGGGAGCGCGAAUCUCGACAACCAGCGGAUGCACGUCUUGAGGGGCGGCACGACCCCGUGGGACGCGUACACCUACGUGGGCCGCAUCGGGCCCGAUGAGUGGGCCAUCGACGCCUCGGUGCUGCGCACGCCGCAGCACGGCGAGUUCCUCAUGUACUCGUGCUUCCACGGCGCCGCGUACCAGUCCAUCUGCAUCCAGAAGCUCAACGCCGACUACGUCUCGACCUCGGGCGCCGUCUCGCUCAUCUCGCAGCCCACGCAGGCCUGGGAGCGCGUCUCGCACCCGGUCAACGAGGGGCCCGCGGCGCUCUACUUCGGCGGCCGGACUUACGUUGCGUACAGCGCGAGCUACUGCUGGUCGGCGAGCUACUGCCUCGGGCUGCUGACGUGGGACGGCUCGAGGGUCCCGACGGACCCGGCGGCGUGGGCCAAGGGCGACCGGUGCGUGCUCGGCAGCGGCAACGGGCACUUCGGCACGGGGCACAACAGCUUCUUCAGCAGCCCCGCGGGCGACCAGACGUGGAUCGCGUACCACGCGACCAGCAACGCCGCGGGCGCGUGCGACGACAGCCGGUACACGAUGGUGCAGCUGCUCGGCACGCACAGCAACGGGGCGCCCAACUUUGGGUCGCCGGUCGCCUUCAGCCAUGUGUACAGCGAGCCGCACAAGUGA